UGAACAUGGCUACGCUUCGACGAUGCCGAUGCCCGAUGAUAUGCGGACGGUCACAAAAAGGCCAAAGACGAAAAAAUCCCAGGGCAGCAGGACGACUCAUAACGAGCUGGAGAAAAAUAGGAGAGCGCACCUCAGAAACUGCCUCGAAAAGCUGAAGGUGUUGGUUCCGUUGGGUCCCGAAACCUCAAGACACACCACGUUGGGUCUCUUGACCAAGGCCAAGCGUUUUAUCAAGAACCUAGAGGAACGCGAACGCAAGCACGCGGUGCACAAGGAACAGCUGUCUCGCGAGCACAGGUUCCUCAGGCGACGGCUGGAGCAGCUGACGAGUCAGACGGGCCUGCACGGGUUGCACGGCCUCCACGGCCUCCACGGGCUCAGCUCGAGUGCACCGACCGGUUCCUCUUGCGGCCCUGGAGCCGCUGCCGCAGCCGCAACCGCGGCCGCGGCUCUUCUCUCCAAACGCCGCAGCGUCUCCGAGUGCUCUCUCGGCACGGCCUCUUCCACCAGCUCCACGGCCAGCUCCAGGAACUCCGACAGGUCUGCGGGCAGUCCCUCCGUCUCGGAGUCCGGAAUAGUAGAUAAAGUCUUGAAAGUGUUGAUAGGUUUCAAAGUCUUGAAUGUUUUGAUAGGAUUUGAAAGCUUGGCAAAUUCAAGAUUCACGACUCAAGACUCACGACUCACGACUCAAGACUCACGACUCAAGACUCAUGACUCACGACUCAAGACUCACGACUCAAGAUUCACGACUCAAGACUCAGGACUCAAGACUCAAGACUCGCGACUCAUGACUCACGACUCACGACUCAAGACUCACGACUCAAGAUUCAAGAUUCACGACUCAAGACUCACGACUCAAGACUCACGACUCAAGAUUCACGCCUCAAGACUCACGACUCAAGACUCACGACUCAAGAUUCACGCCUCAAGACUCACGACUCAAGACUCCGAAUCAUAA